AUGCUGCUGGAGCGCGUCCGCGCCGGCUCGGACAAGGCCGCGGAGCUCUGCCCGUUCCCGCGGAGCGCAGAGAUCCCGCUGUGUGCCGGCUGCAACCAGCACAUCGUGGACCGCUUCAUCCUCAAGGUCCUGGACCGGCACUGGCACAGCAAGUGCCUGAAAUGCUCCGACUGUCAGACGCAGCUGGCCGAGAAGUGCUUCAGCCGCGGGGACGGCGUCUACUGCAAGGAGGACUUCUUCAAGCGCUUCGGGACCAAGUGUGCCGCCUGCCAGCAAGGCAUCCCCCCGACCCAGGUGGUGCGCAGGGCCCAGGACUUCGUUUACCACCUGCACUGCUUCGCCUGCAUCGUCUGCAAACGGCAGCUGGCCACCGGCGACGAGUUCUACCUCAUGGAGGACAGCAGGCUGGUCUGCAAGGCGGACUACGAGACGGCCAAGCAGAGAGAGGCCGAGUCCACGGCCAAGCGGCCCCGCACAACCAUCACGGCCAAGCAGCUGGAGACCCUCAAGAACGCGUAUAACAACUCGCCCAAACCGGCGCGGCACGUCCGGGAGCAGCUCUCCUCGGAGACGGGGCUGGACAUGAGGGUGGUGCAGGUCUGGUUCCAGAACCGCAGGGCCAAGGAGAAGAGGCUGAAGAAGGACGCGGGGAGGCAGCGGUGGGGUCAGUACUUCAGGAACAUGAAGCGCUCCCGGGGGACCUCCAAGUCCGACAAGGACAGCAUCCAGGAGGAGGGACCAGAGAGCGACGCCGAGGUCUCCUUCACAGAUGAGCCCUCUAUGUCUGAGAUGAGCCAUUCCAAUGGGAUUUACAGCAAUCUCAAUGAAGCAUCCCCUGCUCUGGGUAGACCGGCUGGGACCAACGGGAGCUUUGCUCUGGAUCACAGCGGCAUCCCAGCUCAGGACCAGUACCAUGACCUGCGAUCCAACAGCCCCUACGGGAUACCCCAGUCACCAGCUUCCUUGCAAGCACUGCCAGGCCACCAGCCUUUAAUCUCCAGCUUGGUUUACCCAGACAACGGCUUGGGUAUCAUGGGACAAAGCGGACAGGGGGUGCCCCCAUCCAUGAGGGUCCUGACUGGGAAUGGACCCAGUUCUGACCUCUCCACCGGCAGCAGUGGGGGAUACCCGGAUUUCCCUGCCAGCCCGGCCUCUUGGCUGGAUGAAGUCGACCACGCUCAGUUUUGAUAGAGG